AUGGAGGGGAAAUCGCCGAAGGACCCGGUCAGUAUGUUCACGGAGCUCUGGGCAGAGGCGAUCAAGAAGGUCGAGCACUGCGAUAUCGGCAAAUCAUCUCAAUGGAAGUCAUUACUGGACGACAUGGCAUCAUAUAGUAGUGCGGACGAGGUCUGUAACAGACUGGAGGAUACGGUCAAGAAGAUUCAGGGUACACGAGCCAGCGGAUCUAAGUGGGGAGAGCUGCGAAACAAGUAUCUCAAGCCGACGGUUGAAGGCCUGCUGGUCCUGAAUAAUGUCUUAUCCGCAGUCUCUUCGAAUGUUCCGGGCAUUCCCGGUGGAAGCGCGAUCUUUGCCGUGCUUGGCAUGCUUCUCGAGGCUACGAAGGGAGUCAGCGAGCGGUUUGAAGCGCUCAUCGAACUAUUCGAGGAGAUGAGCUUCUUCCUGGAAAGCCUCAAUGUUCGGACGGCAAAGACAUCUGAGGCUACUGGAUCCGCGACACGUACGGUUGACAUAGCCAUUCUCGCACACCUGUUGGAUGUGCUUCGGCUCGCGACUGAGCUCCUUAAGGAACCUGCAUGGCGUGCGCGUAUCAAACUCUCUGUGAACGCAUUCGCCAAGAACGAUGAGAUUCAGGAGAGCCUGAAGCGUCUUCGCGUGCUCACAGCUCUCCAGGCCCGUGCCAUGACUUCGGAGAUGCACUUAAUGGCUGCCGAGACACAAGCCAUCGUGUCGGAUACCCGCGACAUCACCGAAGCAACGCAAAACGCGAUCAAGAAACUGAGGAAAGAACUGUUGGACUUCUCGAAAGCUGAGAAACGCGAACGAGUGUGGACAGAGACGCUCAGGUCCCUGAAUCCGGUUGAAUCUGCCGAGAUCGCCGCGCAAAGCCCUUCGGGCUGCCUUACAGGAACGCGCGAAGAGCUACUAGCAGAGCUGCAACGUUGGAGUCGUGACCCUACAGCGCCGCGGCUCUAUUGGAUCAAUGGCAUGGCUGGAGCUGGCAAAUCAGCCAUUGCACGCACGUUCUGUCGCCGUCUGCUGCAAGAUGAUGCCCUUGGCGGCAGUUUCUUCUGCUCUCGCCGCGGCUCUAUGGAUCAAAGAGACGUGAGACGCGUCAUUCCCGCCCUCUCAGCCUCCUUAGCUCUGUAUAGCUCUUGUUUCAAGGAGUCCCUUCUGGACGAACUUUACGAAAACAAAUCUUCCCCGGUGAACUGGAACCUCGAAGUUCAGGUCGAGCGACUGAUAACAAAACCUCUUUCUGGACCAAAUUCUGUGACCGGUGGCUAUCCAAUGGCAAUCUUGGUCAUAGAUGCCCUUGACGAGUGUUCCAAUGAAGACGCCAUGUUUCAACUUCUAAGUUUGCUUGUCCACGUUGUCCACAAACUCCCAAUCAAGGUCUUCAUGACAUCGCGGCCGGAACAGCUGAUUCGACGACAACUUGAGCAGCUCGAUGGAGGACUCGGUCGCAUAUUGAAGCUUCAUGAAAUCAAACGGGAUAUCGUGGAGGCCGACAUCCGUCUCUACCUCGAACAUGGAUUGCAUUCCAUCCCUGAAAUCUCCGCCCACUUUGCCACACACUCUAAUGCCAUACGCGAGAUUUAUACCCUGGCCAAGCGCUCGGAGACCUCAUUCAUCUAUGUGUCGACUGUGCUACUAUAUCUACAACGAGGAGACCCCGUAGAGCGUUUCUCCCGGCUGACGAGUACCACAACCCAUGAUCUUGCGGCAUUCAAUCGCCCACUCGAUAGCAUCUACAGCUUGGUCCUGCUCGAUGCGGUGAACUCGGAGCUCUAUGAUCCGGGCGAGAUAAGCUUAACUCAGCGCGUACUGGCCAUUCUCGUGACCCUUAUCGAACCUUUAUCUGUGAAAGCACUUGCUGCACUCAUGGAUAUCCGUCCGGAUCUCCUGAGAGGAUCCUUGAAUCAAGUCUAUGCCGUGGUAGACGUUCCUGCACGAGAUGACACCGGCGUUUUGUCGACACUCCAUGCGUCAUUUGGCGAUUUUCUCACUACACCGAGCCGCACACCUGAAUACAUGCUCGAUAUCAUAGCCCGACGCCAUGAACUCCUGGCACAUCUUUGUGUCAGAUAUCUACAUUCGGACAAGUUGAGCUUCAACGUAUCACACAUGAAGUCUCUAUACUCGUCUCAUCUCGAGCAAACCAAUGUCAAACUUCAGGGUACCGCCCUCUCGUAUGCGUGCAGGUUUGCGGGCGACCACCUGAGUAAAUUGCCUGGUCCCGGUAAUCUACUGCCUGCGUUGGGUGAGAUCAUCAUGGGGCCCAAGUUCCUGUUCAUGCUCGAGGUUUUUCGCACGACUGAUCAACGCGUGGCGCAAUUUGCCGUUCUCAAUACCCUACUCCAGCUAGCGCGCCAACAAUAUCUAUCCGCUCCAGGACUCAUCGAGUUCAGUACCGACGCCAUAUAUUUCGUUCUGGGGCAUGUGAACACCAUCCGGCGCGGGCCCCAGCACAUAUAUCUAUCCGCUCUCAUUUCUUGUGAUCCACCCUCGGCUGUGCAUGACACUUGUCGACGUUCAUUUGUGUCCCCGGCCUAUCCGAAGUUGUUGGUGUUAUGCGACCCGGCCCACGCACCACACCAUCACUGCUGGCUCCCCUUUUUCGAACCUGUGCCACAGACUAAAUUGGCCUGGCCAGCGAUGAUAGCCAUGCCAAUCUCGAAUUCAUUCUCCGCAGACUGCUCGAAAUUCGUCGGAUUAUUUGGAGCACACGGAUUUCAUGUCUGGGAUACGCACUCCGGUGUUCAUGUCCCUUUCGGCGGUGACAUCUUUACCAUACACACGCUCAGAACAGCCUCGAAGCUGAAACUCUGGGUUCAGGGCAUGUUAACCAGACGAGAUCCAAGUAUCCCAACGAUAAUCUCAGAGGACGGGAGCGCAAUAGUCACUGUGGAGCCGAAUCACGAUACUCCUGACAGGGUCGUGCAUCUAUGGGAUACACACGCUCUACUGGAGUUGCCAUACAGCAGGCAUAGGCUCAAGCAGCCUAGAACCUCCAUUCGCUCUAUCUUUGAGCAUGUGAGCAGUGUCGCCCUAUCGGCCGACGGCCGGAUGCUGGCCCUAGGUCUAGAUACAGGGAUUGAAGUACACGCUUGGAUGAGAUCGGAGGAGCGUCUGUGUCGACGAUCGAAGGUUCGCCAUCUCCCCGCGCCGGUUCGAUGUAUCGCAUUCUCGCGUGACGGAUCGUAUCUGGCUGCAGGGCUUGAAGAUGGGUCCGUGCAUCUGUGGAGUGUCUCCCCCGACGGUACAAUCCCCACAGCCUCCCUACGGCUUCAGCGGACGCUCGGAUGCACAACUUUGAUCGUAUUCUCUCCGGACAACUCGCGCGUGGUCUCUGCUGGAAACGAUGGCAUCGUGGUCGUGUGGGACAUCAGUUCUGACAACACAGCCGUGACGCUGAGGCUGGAAGGACAUGCUCAUGAGGUUAAUUCAAUUGCAUGGCACGGACCUGGAAACCGGAUACUGGUCGCGUCCGGGACGUAUCGCUCGCAGUCAAUACACAUUUGGGACGCGAAGACUGGUAGUCUGCUUCUGGCACUACGAUAUGCUGUUCCCCGUGUAAUCACGUUCUCUCCAGGCGGUGAUCACCUGAUCGUGUUGAGACGCAAAAGCAAAACGAUGGGUAUAUUCCAAACGCCGGAUCUAGACGUCUCUGCUUGGAACGAUGCCAUCCUCGGCACAGAGUGGACCAAGCACUACAGUCCACGCAUCGCACCAACCCCUCCGCUGAACAUGCGGGUAACACCAUCCCUUCAGGCCCUUCUGCUACUCGAUCGCUUCCUCAUCCCUCACAUCGAAGUUGCCGGGUGUGUUCUGGCCGUCCUGGCCAUUGCAUUCAUAUUCUUUCAACCGGUUACGGUCGAUGACGUCCACUAUCCGUGCGACGUGCUGAUCCUAUGCUCGCUGAGCCGCCUAGUGAUGAUCAGCCUCCGCGUUAUCUCGUCUCUACUGAUCAUACUCACCCAUGUCCUUGUUCAAGCACGCUCUGUCGAAAUCGAACCUUUGAACCUGAGGUACAAUGAAGCGGAGAUCGACAGGAGAGAGAGCAUGGACAGCGACGGCAACAUAGUACAUGGGAAAUCUAAGGACAGCAACGAGAAGGGGGGAGGCCGCGCGAGAGAAGAGACGUUGUUUGAAUUUGGGGAGGAUGAGAAGACGGAGACGAGCGGGGCUGGGAGCGACGGGGAAGAGAUUGUGUUCAAGUUCGAGGAUGAGGAUGAGAGCGAGGACGAGAGCGGGAAAGGAGCGUCAUAG